GUUUUAAGUACAGUUUAAAUAACAAACCCGGAAGUCAUGUAACUUUUAAAACUUAACCAGUUUGAAAUGGACGCUAAAAUUUGGAACAAGCUAAUAAUUAACAUUUUAGGAUUUUUUCUUGUAUACACAAAAGGAGAAAUCCGAAUAGAAGUACCUGUUGCCGGGAACUGCGGGGAUGACACAUUACUCGAAUGUCAUUUUACUGGACAGCUGGGAACACCUGUAGGAUGGACUGUGGGUGGUCGAAAAAUGAUGCAUAAUGGUGGUGUUGUAAGGCCUGAAGAUGCAGGAAAGUACACUGAGAAAAGAGAUCAGAUAGACCAAGGUUUUGUAACUUUAGUCAUACAUAAUACAGCCAGAUCGGAUGAAGUGAAGUAUGGAUGUAGCAUUGGUUUUGACCAAACUGCCUACCCGGAAGAUCGUGACAAAUAUCUCAACUUUGAAUGUAAAGCGUCUUCAACAGAAAGAGAAGUAACAAGAGGAAAACAAUUUCAGCUUAUAGUUGAUAAACUGUACCCAUCAAGUAGCAGAUUCUUAGUCUUAAUUUUAAACAUGACUAGGGCUAUCACCGUAUCAGGAUCCAAGAAAUGUUCCAGCAGUACAAAAUACACAGGCUAUUUUAAAUGUGUGUGGACUUCCAGUAACUCUCUAGCUGAUGGGUCGUAUACGUACAGUCUUGUUGUAACAACUAUAACAAAAUCUAAUCCAUUGUCAGGGGAUUUUAAAAUAGUAUCUCCACAAACACCUGCUAUAUUGAACGUUGUAAACAUAGAGGAUAAUAAGGAAGUUGUUUUCGGUAAUGAAGGACAAUCGCUGACAAUACAGUGUACAUCAAGUGGAGGAUAUCCAGCACCUUCUGUUGUCUGGUAUAAGGACCGUAUCUCUAGUUCUAAUCAACUACCUUCUACAAAUACUGAGAUCUUACAGGGUGAUGGCACUUACACUGUCACACUUAAACACACAUUCACAUUGACAACAUUAGAUGACAGGAAACCAUUCAUAUGUAGAUCAUAUUACCCACAAGCUGAUAGUGUAUACACGGGGUCAAAAACUAAAUCGGUUAUUCUUUAUCUUACAUUAAAGCCAAACCAACCAACAGUCAGACAGAGAGCAGUGACAUUUACUGGAGAUACGGUAGAGGUGGGUUGUAGAACAACUGGAUGUAGACCUGCUGCAAAUAUUUCUUGGUCAUAUAAGGGAUCGACAACAACAGGUGAAGUGACUGUCGCACUUGAAAAAACAACAGAAACAUAUACAGUCAUGUCAGUAUUCAGACAAAAGGUGACAGCAGCAGACAAUGGGCAAACCGUACAAUGUAUAGUUACUCAUCAAGCCUUGAUCAGUCCGUCAGAGAAAACAGCAUCAGUUAAUCUUAAUAUAAGCUUUUCAGCUGGACCCUCUACAACACAUAUUACUGGCAACAAAGAAUUAAUUGCAACAGGUAAAACAACAUUAAAAUUGACAUGUACCACAGGAUCCUCUAAUCCUGCCUCCGAUAUUAGAUGGAAAAACGGCUCUAUUACACUAACUAAUAGUCGUCACUUUACGGAAUCUGUGGGAGAUAAUAAUGGAGUGGUGAGAUCACAACAAUUGGUGUUGUACCCAACACGGUAUAUGGACGGUAAUGAUAUUUUGUGUUUAGUGUCUAACAAGGGGUCACAGUCUAAUGUGGAAGAUACUAUAACACUCAAUUUGAAAUAUCGUCCUUUGAUUGCACCCAUGUCAGAGAUUAUUGCUGUAGAAGGAAACACUACUGUUCUCACGUGUGUUGCUUCUAGUAAACCUGCAUCUACAUUCAAAUGGUACCGAGAAGGACAGAGUGGAAUUCUCCAUCAAAGAACUGGAACACUGGACAAUAAUAAAUUGACGUACAUAAUAAGUAAUGUGAGGAGAACAGAUGCUGCAAAAUACAGAUGUAACGCCAAAAAUGGUAUUGAAGCGGCUGAUAAUGCAAAUGUUCUUCUUACUGUAUAUUAUCCCCCAGAUGUCACUGCAGUGACAACAAACACAACUGUUAAAUCUUCAACUGCCUUAAUAAAAUGUAACGCUAGAGGUGUACCGAACAGGGACUAUAAAUAUGGAAAAUGGAUACAGACCUGGCCUGAUUAUAAUGUUCCUGUAUCAGAAAGACCCGGAAGUGAGAAACUUGUAUUAACAAACUUAACAUAUGAACAUUCUGGUGUAUACACGUGUUCUGCAAGUAAUGGAGUUCAAGUCUUUGGAACAAAUAAGGAAUACCUGGAAGGAUCAGACUACCUGUUAGUGAAAUGCAAGUGCAUAUUUUAAUAAUUAGUCUGGUGUUCAAUGAAUAAUUUUUAUGUAAUAUUCCUACUUUAAAUCUACGUAUCAUUUUAAAACUGAUUUUGAUGUUGAAUCAUAUGUAGAUGCUAUUGAUGUUGUAAAGUUAAAAUAAAGUCAAAUCUCUCUAAGAUCCCCAAA